AAAGUUGGUGGUGUUCCCGAGUUGUCUCUGUUUGCCGUCCAGUCUGCGAAGAACGUCACUGCUGCCUAUAAAUACCGCGGCGCCCCAACUCGCCAGAGUCUGCAAAGUUUAAAACCAGCAGCUUUGCAGCAAUCUCCACAUUUCUGCGCCGUACAGUCAGAACCACCAUGAGGAAUCUUUGGGUCGAUAGCACAGUAACAUUUUAUGUCCUGUGCAUUGCGUCUAAGGUUGGUGCCCAGCUCUGCCCCUACCCCUGCCACUGUCCCCCGACUCUACCCCUCUGUGCCCCAGGAGUCCCUCUUGUUGUGGAUGCUUGUGGUUGCUGCCGGGUUUGUGCCAAGCAGUUGGGAGAAUAUUGCACAGGGGUGGACGUGUGUGAUCCUCAUCAGCAUCUGUUCUGUGAUCAGAGCAUCAGCCUCUCUGGGACCAGAGGGAUAUGUACCUCACUUGAAGCUGGAACAUGUGAAUUCAAUGGGGUGAUCUAUAAGGAUGGUGAUGUAUUCCAGCCCAGCUGUAAAUAUCACUGUUGGUGCUCGGAUGGAGGAAUUGGUUGCAUCCCACGCUGUAGUGAAGACGUUCGUCUGCAGGGUCCAGACUGCCUUUACCCAAAACGUGUUGAAAUCCCAGGAGAAUGCUGUCCUCGUUGGAUAUGUGAGAAACAAGACAAUGGUAUCUUUGGCAAUGCUUUGGCAGCAUACAGAUCGGAGGUAUUGUACGGAAGAUAUGUUUCCAAUGUACCUUACAACUGCCCAGAGCAAAGCAGUGAGUGGAGUGCUUGUUCCAGGAGCUGUGGGAUAGGAGUGUCUACCCGAAUUUCCAACAAGAAUGACCAUUGUGUUUUGGAGACACAAAGCCAGCUUUGUAUUGUGAGACCAUGCCAACAUGACUAUGCAAAUGAAGCUCACAUGAGAAGGAAGAUUUGCAGGCCAACAACAAGGGCAUCUCAUCCAAUUCAAUUUGAAUACAACAAUUGUAUAAGUGUUAAGGCUUACAGACCCAGAUACUGUGGCUUAUGCUCUGACAGACGUUGCUGCACUCCACAUAAAACUAGAACAGAGCUGCUGGACUUCAGGUGCAAUCAUGGGAGGAUUGUAAAACAGCAAAUGAUGUUCAUUAUUUCCUGUGUUUGUCAUUAUAACUGCUCCCAUGCUUAUAACUAAAUUGUAACUCACUAAAUUACUUCAACAUUGAGAGCAGAUUAUUUCCAUACAAGAUUUUC